GUUGUUUGGAGAUGAGGUCGUUUUAUAUAUUUGUCUUAUUAAUUUCCCUUUUUGGGUUCGAAAUGGGAUAUGGAAAUUCUGUCUGCCAUCUUGAUGCCACUUUCUUUGGAUGGUGUAGAAAAAUCAAGAGUGGAUUUACUUUCAUAGCUUCCGCAAACAAAUGCCGUAGAAUUUCUGGCCAAUGUGAUGCAAGGGAUAACUUUUUCGAUGACAAAGCAUCCUGCGAAUCAACUUGCAAAACAAAAUAUUACCUUGAAAUCAUCGAGCGAGAAAAAUAGUCAUUUAUAUUAGAAUGUGCAAGGUACAAAUAUAUACUUGCUCUCAAUCUUGGGAACUAAAA